AUGUCCUCUUCAAAAUCAGCCACUUCUUCUGGAGUUGGAGAUCAAAACGGACAAGCUCUCUUGGAUUGGUGUCGUAAAUUGAUCGAGUCUGAUGAAAAGAAGGCUUUCUUUUUUAAUGUAGUAUCAAUGAAAGAAAUGAAAAAGAAAGGACGAAUAGACUCGUUGUUUUAUUUUCCAUCAUGUACACUCUCUCAGGGAACAAUACAAAUGGUGGACAAGAUUAAUUCAUAUAUUGAAAAAUCCCGUGAAUUUGGGCCAAAAUAUAUUCGACAACUAGUAGUAUUAUUUAAAUUAUUAAUUCCGAUCAAAUACGGAGAAUCGUUAAUCCAAUUUCCACAAUUUUGUAUGAUUUUAUAUAAUGAUUGCAUGUACAUUGCCCAUGAGUUGGACGUCAUCUCUGUAAAAUAUUUUUCUAAUACAGUAGAAACCUUACUCUCUGAUGCAGCAGCUAGUCUUAGAGUUUUUGCUGAGAAGGAAAGGCAAGCUUUGAUCAAGAGACAAUCAAUCAUCCUUCAUUCAUAUCUAUCAGAAUGUAAAAAAUUCAAAGAUGUGUAUGGUAAUAUGAAACAAAAUAAGAGAGCUAUGGAAAAAAUUAUUAACCAGCUUGACACCUUAAAGAGGCUAUGGUGUCAAGUGAUUGACGUGUCUAAUGGAAUCAUUUUGUCAUCUUUUGGAGAAAUGUUGGAACCUAUUUUAAAAACCAUGACUUCUCAAAUUUUAGACAUUACUGACAUUGGAGAAAAUGAAUCUCAAGAUAUUUCAACAUUAAUGACGUUCUUGAUACAAUGGAUUUCUGAAAACAUUCCUUUUGAAAAUGCAGAAAUUUCGAAAUUUAUUCCCUCUUGGAUGAAUUUCAGAGCAGUCAAGACAAUCAUGACCAUGUCAUUAUUAGAAAUUCUAGAUGAUGCAAAAAAAAGCUCAUCAAAUAGAAAACUAGCUGGGCUGCCUCCAAACGAUCUUAUCAAGCUUGUAAAAGCAAUAUUCCAAGAAAGUGACAAGCGUAAAGAAGUAAUAAGUAUAAUAUCGCAAAGCACCGUGGAGUAG